AUGGAAACCGAAUUGGCCAAGCCACGAAAUGUCAUGCACACAUUAUACAAACUACAUGAUUGGAUGAAGAAGGGUUUAGUCGAUGUUAACCCUGAUUUCCAACGAGAUGUCAAGCAAUCUCAUUUGAUCGAUUCAAUUUUUAAAAAUUUAUAUGUCCCUCCUUUGAUCUUUUCUUGCAAGAAAUCAGAAGGCAAUAAUAAAUGGAUGCGAGUUUGCAUCGAUGGGAAACAAAGGUUAACUUCUAUUUCAAGAUUCAUGAAUAAUGAAAUUUCUCAUAUUGUUCCUUCAAAAGGAACUACCAUUAAACGAUACUUUAAUCAUGAGGGUCUUGAUGGAACGAAUAGAACUGUGUUAUCAGAAGAAGAAAGGGAACAUUUCGAAUGUUAUGAAUUUGUUUGCGUUGAAUAUUACGAUCUCACAUCAGUACAAGAACACGAAAUAUUUAGUCGUGUUCAACUUGGUGUCCCUUUGACUACUGCAGAAAAACUCUCGGUAAUCAAUACACCUAUCACCAGUUUUGCCCAAAGUCUUUACCGUUCUUAUCCUUCUAUCUCAAAAAUUAUUGAUACAAAACGUGGAAAACCUCUUCAAAUAAUCUCUCAAACCCUUCUCAUGAUUGAAGAUCCUGAAAAAUGUAAAUCUACCAUUAAGGGCAUAGAAAAUUACCUGAAAGAUGAUCGUGAAGUCCCCUUUGAGCUUUCUCAAACUGUCAAACAAGUGUUUGAAACGUUAUCAACCUUAAUCGACGCUGAUGUUCAAUUAUUUCACGAGAAUCAUAAAUUUUCACCAAUCGAAUUUGUCUUCUUUUGUUGGAUAAUUGCAAAGUUUCCAGAAAUUGGAAUAGAUUCUUAUCAGGAUUACUUGAAAAGCAUGAAGGAGUACGUUAGAAGAUAUCAUGUAGAUGUUAGGUUUAAUCAAAAAGUUUACAUGACUCUUAAAAGAUUUGUUGAUGAGCUUGAUCAAGAUGAAGAGCUUGUAGAUGAAUUAUGGGAUGAUAUUUGUGAAAAUGAUGAAUUAUUGAAUAAUACACGUACUUGUGGAAAUGAUAAAAGAACGGAAGAUAAGAAUGAAUAUUUGCCUUCAAAGAGAAUUAAGAUUGAAAAUGAAUAA